GACUUGAUUGAUUAUCAUGUGCAAUGUUGUAUAGAUUGAACGAUGUCUGAAAAAUUGAAGUCUCUCAAGGAAUAUCUUAAGCGCUACGAAACUAACACUGAUGAGGACAAGAAAAAGAAGAAGAAAAAAAAGAGGGCAGCAACAGCAACCAAACCAAAUGCUUUAGGUGUUCUAGUCGUGGAUGAAGAUCCUGUCUGGCAGAAACAAAUAGUUAUUGAAGAGGAUAGUGCUCAUAAUUCGACUGAUGAGGAACCCCAAGUUGAUGAAGAUAUUGAGGUUAAGCGAAUGAGGAGACUUGAAGAGGUAAAAGCCAAGCGCCCAUAUAAUUCCAUAAGUGAAGAUGGAAGUGGUUGGGUUUCACUCCCUCCAAACCCUGAAAAUUCUAACGUUGUGAGCUCUGAUAUAUCUCCACCACGUAGAACAAGAGCUCGAAAUGAUACACCUUCUCCAUCCCAUGAGUUGAAGCCUCCUGGUGAAGAAGCUGAAGAUAUUUCACCUCCACGGAGGAGGCAGAGGAAACAUCCUAUCUCACUUGAACAUGAUGAAAAGCCCACAAGCUCUACUUAUCCAAGUUCUGACUCAUCUCCACCACGUAAGCAGAAUGUUUAUAGAGGCACACAGUUACAAGGAGCUAACUCAGGACAUUUGGAUCGUGCACAAGAAGAUAUUGAUCUAUCACCUCCACGACAGCGAAGGAAGCGGUACCAUACUCCAUCACCUGAACCUGAUGGAAAACCUACACAACCAUUUUCUCCACAAUCUGAUAUGUCACCCCCUCGUAGAGUUGAUAGGCAGGCAUCUAAAUCAAGUUUAGGGGUCAACCACAAGGCUGCAGGGUUAUCUGACCUAUCUCCUCCUCGACGCAGAACUUCAAACUAUGCCGAGGAUGCUUAUGUAUCACGUGGAUCGGAUCUUUCACCUCCAAGGAAACAAAGGAUAGAUGUGAGGGGGGAUCGAUUACUGACAGAGAAUAAUUCACAACAUGUUGUUACUGAUGCGUCACAAGAAUUACAACCAGAUCUUUCUCCACAACGGAAAAAGCAUAAAGUGCCGCCUGUUUCAGUCUCCUUUAAACAGCCGCGCAAGACUGGUUUGCUUACUCAGCAAGAGUUUGGGGAAGAAAUGUCUAAAACUAAUAAAGAGGAUUGGACGAGGUUUAAGGAGAUGAAUCCUUCAGCAAGUAGUAAUGCGGAGCCAAUCUAUCGUGACAAGAUUAAAGGGGAUCGCAUUUCAAAAGAGGAAUUCUUAAAAUCGCGAGGGAAAAUAGAAGAAAAGCCAAAGGAGAUAAAAUUGGAAUGGGGCAAGGGCUUGGCUCAAAAACGAGAAGCAGAAGCUGAACAAAUGGAAUUAGAACUUGAGAAGGAUAGACCGUUUGCACGGUCAAGGAAUGAUGCAGAGCUCGACUCAAUGUUGAGAGAGAGACUGAGAUGGGGUGAUCCUAUGGCACAUUUGGUGAAGAAAAAGCAAUCCGAAAUGGCUCUUCCUGAUCUAGGAGACAGCGAGAAGAUGAAGGAAUCAGGGUUCAUUAUUCCUCAGGACAUUCCACCGCACAGCUGGCUAAAAAGAGGAUUGGAUGCAGCACCUAAUCGAUAUGGUAUAAGACCAGGAAGGCAUUGGGAUGGAGUCGAUCGUAGCAACGGAUUCGAGAAGCAAAUGUUCAAAAAGAUGAAUGAGAAACGAGCUACGGAAAGGGAAGCAUAUCUUUGGUCUGUGUCUGAUAUGUAACAUGAAAGGAUGGAUAUUUCCUGCAGCAAUAUAUCACACAUCUGUUCAAGGUCAUGUUCUCUUAUAAUUGUAUGUUCAUCCUUAAUAGCUAUUGAGGGUUUUUUUUUAUCUCUUUCCAAUACUACAUUUUAUGUGGUAAUUCUCAUCGAGAUUCCGAGGGUAGUGUGAAAGGAGCUGUCGUUUUUUUCAUAAACAUCAUUACAUUAAGUUGUCUUUCUUACUACAUAAAUUAUGGGUUAAUUUAA